CCGCUGGGGAGCAGCUGCUGCAGCAGGAGCAGAGCAGGAGCCGCGCAGCCGCCGCCGCCGGGGGAUGUGGCCGGUGUCUGCCCCUAGCCGCGCCGCCUCUUGAGUACCAGCCGCCGCUGCAGCCACCGCCGCCGCCUAGCCGUGCGGGGCCAGGCCGCGCCCUCCCCGGGCGCCCGCCGGCUCGCAUGCCGAGGGGCUCCGGGGCGUAGCUGCGCGCCCGGCGCCGCCUCCGGGCUCCUUCGGCCCCGCCAUGGGCUGCUGCAGCUCCGCCUCCUCCGCCGCGCAGAGCUCCAAACGAGAAUGGAAGCCGCUGGAGGACCGUAGCUGCACAGACAUACCAUGGCUACUGCUCUUCGUCCUCUUCUGCAUUGGGAUGGGAUUUAUUUGUGGCUUUUCAAUAGCAACAGGUGCAGCAGCAAGACUAGUGUCAGGAUACGACAGCUAUGGAAAUAUCUGUGGGCAGAAAAAUACAAAGUUGGAAGCAAUACCAAACAGUGGCAUGGACCACACCCAGCGGAAGUAUGUAUUCUUUUUGGAUCCAUGCAACCUGGACUUGAUAAACCGGAAGAUUAAGUCUGUAGCACUGUGUGUAGCAGCAUGUCCAAGGCAAGAACUGAAAACUCUGAGUGAUGUUCAGAAGUUUGCAGAGAUGAAUGGUUCAGCACUAUGUAGCUACAACCUAAAGCCUUCUGAAUACACUACAUCUUCAAAAUCUUCUGUUCUCUGCCCCAAACUACCAGUUCCAGCGAGUGCACCUAUUCCAUUCUUCCAUCGCUGUGCUCCUGUGAACAUUUCCUGCUAUGCCAAGUUUGCAGAGGCCCUGAUCACCUUUGUCAGUGACAAUAGUGUCUUACACAGGCUGAUUAGUGGAGUAAUGACCAGCAAAGAAAUUAUAUUGGGACUUUGCUUGUUAUCACUAGUUCUAUCCAUGAUUUUGAUGGUGAUAAUCAGGUAUAUAUCAAGAGUACUUGUGUGGAUCUUAACAAUUCUGGUCAUACUCGGUUCACUUGGAGGCACAGGUGUACUAUGGUGGCUAUAUGCAAAGCAAAGAAGGUCUCCCAAAGAAACUAUUACUCCCGAGCAGCUUCAGAUAGCUGAAGACAACCUUCGGGCCCUCCUCAUUUAUGCCAUUUCAGCUACAGUGUUCACAGUGAUCUUAUUCCUGAUAAUGUUGGUUAUGCGCAAACGUGUUGCUCUUACCAUCGCCUUGUUCCACGUAGCUGGCAAGGUCUUCAUUCACUUGCCACUGCUAGUCUUCCAACCCUUCUGGACUUUCUUUGCUCUUGUCUUGUUUUGGGCGUACUGGAUCAUGACACUUCUUUUUCUUGGCACUACCGGUAAGAAGAUAUGCUUCUUUCUCUUAGUGACAAACGUGAUUUGCAUUCCAGCAGUCGGCAGAAAUGAGCAAGGCUUUGUGGAGUUCAAAUCUUCGCGGGCCCUCUGGCAGCUAUGCUCAGUUUAUAUCUUAACAAAGGAAGUUUCAGUUGUUGAUGAAAAUGUUGUUUUUGCUUUUGUCCAGAAUGCAUACACAGCCACAGCUAUCAACAGCACCAACUUCUGCACCUCAGCAAAGGAUGCCUUUGUCAUUCUGGUGGAGAAUGCUUUGCGAGUGGCUACCAUCAACACAGUGGGAGAUUUUAUGUUAUUCCUAGGCAAGGUGCUGAUAGUCUGCAGCACAGGUUUAGCUGGGAUUAUGCUGCUCAACUACCAGCAGGACUACACAGUAUGGGUGCUGCCUCUGAUCAUCGUCUGCCUCUUUGCUUUCCUAGUCGCUCAUUGCUUCCUGUCUAUUUACGAAAUGGUAGUGGAUGUAUUAUUCUUGUGUUUUGCCAUUGAUACAAAAUACAAUGAUGGGAGCCCUGGCAGAGAAUUCUAUAUGGAUAAAGUGCUGAUGGAGUUUGUGGAAAACAGUAGGAAAGCAAUGAAAGAAGCUGGUAAGGGAGGCGUCGCUGAUGCCAGAGAGCUAAAGCCGAUGGCUUCGGGAGCAAGUUCUGCUUGAACCUAGCCGACGGUUAUGGAAACCCAUUGACAUUCCAAAACAAUAUAUACACAUAACUAUGUAUUUGUGUGUGUGGGUGUGUGUAUAUAUGUAUAUGUAUGUGUGUAUAUAUGUAUAUGUAUAUACACACACACACAUAAAUCAGCCAAAAUCAGAGAAAAGGAACAGGGAUUUAAUACCUUUUUUAUGCUUAUUUUUGUCAAACAUGUACUCCUUUCAUACGGGUGGCUUUUACAAGGCAACUUCCGUCAUUUAAUGUUUUCAACUGUAAUUGUCUUAAUGGAAAUGUUAAAAUUCAUAUCUGAUUAACAUUUUUAAUAACUUAGAGGAGAUUUUAACUUUAGUUAUUUAAAAAUAGGUAAAAUUAUUGUACCAAAUUAUGUCUAAAGUUUAUUCAGGGGUGAUUUCCCUGAUGUGUGUAUAAAAUCAAGAUCUUAUUUUACUGAUGCAUAAGUCCUAGUGAGUCAAGACUAGGCAUAUGCUUUCAGAUAAAUAAGGAAUUACUCCAAUCAGUUUUCCCCAAUCAAAGAAGCCAUGUCAUUUUACUUUUAGAAACAUACAAGUGGGCCCAAUAUGGGAAUUUUCAUAAUAGUUCAUACAUUUGUCAGCUAACAUUAAAAGGUAACCAACUCCUCAGGUAUUUGUAGUUUACCCUAACGCUUCUUUAAAAGAAAGUAGGUAAAAAAAGAAAAGGGUAGAUAAUCUUUCGUAUGCAAACUUUUUCCUUAUAUUUUGUCUUUCUUUCCUUUUUGACUUUAGUAGCAUCCUCCACACAUUUGUGUGCCUGAUUUGAAAGGAAGCUGGGGCACCCAGCGAGUUUAGCCUUUAAGUUUCUGUGUAUUGAUUUGCAGAUUAAGUAAUGCUGGGAGGAAUAAAGAAGGGACAGAAACAUGGAACAUAAAGCAUUGAAAAUUGCGGUGCUUGGGCUUCUGCUUCAGAGUAACGUCAGUGGCUUAGGGUUAAAUGGCCAUUUUAUUCAAAUGCUUGCUAUACAAUCUGAAAACACACUGGCAGGUGCUCCUCUCCUUGGCAAUUCAUUGAGUAUCCAGAGUUCUAUGAUGUGUAACUGAAGAAUUGGCUAAUGUGUUGAUCCUCCAGUGUGACUGUUCUUUUUGUUUGGGGGUGGGUGUGGGGUUUUUUGCUUUUUUAUUCCUGAAGCUUACCAGAUAUGAAUGGCUAAUAUUCCAUUGUUCUGCUUAUUGUAAUGGUGAAUGCUUUAAGAAAAAAAAAAGUGUAAUUUGCUAAGAAUAAUUCAUGAUCUGUUUAUGCGAUAACUCCUUUUUGUUACAAUUUUUUUAAAAAAAGCUAUUUUUGUUAAUGUAAAGUAAAUAUUUCAGAGCAAAUUUUUUAAACUUAUUGCACUAAAUACAGGCUCUGUACAAAAAAACAAAAAAAGCCUCAGCAUUUUAUCAUUCCAUGGAAGGAGAAUCUUUUGAAAGAAAGCAUUGCCUCCUACCAGAACUAGACAGUGAAUGAGACCGGUAUUAUGGAAAUGCAUACAAGUAAUGUCACUAGGGCUUCAUAAGCAGCUGUUUGCUAAUGUGCUUCCUUUCAAAGGGUUGGACCUCUAAAUUGCUGCAAAAGGUAAAUGGUAUUUUUUUUUAAGUAUUGGCGUUCUUUACUCUAGGUAGGCUAAAAUUUGCUAAAUGCCUUGGUUUCUUUUCAAAGUUCAUGUAAUAUUUCUGAUUUUUCAGAAUAUUUGCAAUAAGAGUCUGGAUUUUAAAACACACACACAUACACACAAUUAAGAGCUCAUGUCUUAGCAAGAUCUGGGAAACCAACAUUGCAAGAGUAGCUAUUUGGAAAGAAUAAUUCUCCAGAAGUUAACAUCUAACAUCUAGUAUCACCAAACAGUAUCACUGUUCUCUUUUAUUCAUCUGAUAUGGAAUAAAUAUAAUUAUGUAACUAACAAUUGUCCAAAUAGAUGAGAGAGCAAAUCAUGUGAGAAAAUUCAGAAUACCAUAUGUUUCAUAGCCACACAGAUUUUGGACUUUCACAAACAUUGGGAACUAAAUUUAGAAUUGGCAAAAGUCUAGAAGAUGGGUAUCCAAACAGAAGACAUUCCAGGAGCUAGCAAUUUAAAGAGGUGUCCCUCCAAAGUGACCUGAUGAAGUCCUGAACUUGGAAAUUAGGUUCUACUCACUUGGACAUCCCUGCAUCAUGGACUGUUGCUGCUCCCUGUUCCAUAUGCUCGCAAUCUCAGCUAUUUGGAAGCCACCAGGAAUGCUUUCUAAUUAUCAUUUGCAACUAGAACUGUAAUCAGAAAGAAAUUUUGUAUUUUUGUAUAACUUGAUUGUGUGCCAUUUUAUAUAACAGGUCCUGUUUUACAAAUAAAUUUUGUUUUACUAACAUUGUGUUUAGAAAUUAUAAUCUAUGUGUAACCAUGUCAUUUGAGUUGCAAAUUAAUUGCCAGGCUGUUUUCCUUAAGUAAAUUCAUGUGCCAUAUAGAAAUAUGCAGAUAUGCAUAUACAUUACACAGGCACACACAGAGAGAUAUUUAAUAUGUGGAAUAUCACUCUCUCAUGAGCUUUAUUCCUUGAUUAAUUUGAUAAAGCCUCAUAGAAGAUUUUAAGCAAUAUUUAAAUAUGUUGAGGUUAUGUUUGGAUAUUCCUGCUGCCUCUUUUCAUUCAUUUCAAGUCAUUCUUCAGCUAGCUAUGGGCUGCCUUAUUGCUAUUCACUCACUGCUUCCAUCUUCUGCCCAAGUGAGAAGAAUAGAUGAAGAACAGAAAUUUAUCUGUGAAAUGUGGAUACCCGAAUAAUUUUAUAAAUCAUUGAUUCUGUGUUGUGGUUUUUGUCUUCUUCUGUGGUGAAUCUUCAAAACUGCAUUCAGGACUCAUAUUUCUAGAGUUUUAGUUGGGGUCCUCUAUUGUCAAUUGUAGUAGUGACCAGAGUAUCAUGGUUUCUGCCAUCAGAUAAUUAAAGCUCUGGUGCAUAAUUUAGACUUUCUAAGCUCCUGCCUCAAGAAUAAGGUCUUCCAUAAUACGGAAGAGAAAAGUUAUAUUUCAUUGUAAAUCCAAGAGACCCAUCUUCUAUGAGAGGCUUACCGGUGCAGUAGUAAUAAAACAUUAGCAAUUUAGCUAGAGCACUGAGAUUGUAUAAUCCUUGCGUGGAUGAGCAGAGCUCAAAGCCAGUUGUUCCCUUAAACCAUUUAAUUCAAUGGCUAAUGUUUAGGAUUAAAGUUUUUAUUUUAUCCUGUAAGAUAAUUAAGUCCUAAGUCACCACAACUUAAGUAGCUUAAGUGUAUGUUGGUCCCCAAACUUUUUCCAUAAUGGUUAAGGAGGAGGCACUUACUGAGUUUAUUUUAAAGUUAUGCUAGAAAUGUUCUUCUUUUGUAGAGAUGCUCUCUCUCUCUCUCUUUUUUUCCCCCUACGAAGGGCAUUAAGCUGCUGAUUGUAAGUGAUUUCCAAUACCACUGAUCUUGGUAUCUGCCAAGGGCUUCCUUGCCUUCCCUGGGCAGUUUUAGGAUUUCACCCCAGUAGGGGGUAUGAGGCACUGACCCCUUUAUUCUGGACCCAAACUGCUUUAGAGCAGAGUUAAUACCUCUCCCUCCCUCUUCAGAACAGCUACAGGAACUGCAGGCACCACAUAUGUGUGAGGCCACAUCACUGCCCCUGAGGCUUCAACCAUUUCCACCAUGCACUAUCACUGGCUACUAACAGCCAUUUCAAGAGAUCUUGUAGCCUGCAAGCUAGAAUUCUGGGAUCAGUUCCAAAACCAGAACUGCCAGUAAUGUUGACUUGAAUAUUUAUUUGAUUUUUGGUCAGUAACCUUUUCAUUUAAACUGGACUUUCCAAUAGCCUUAACAUGGCCUCUGAGAAGUUUCCUCCAGAAAGGUCUUUAAGCUUUCGCUUUUCAAUAAGUAAAUUCUUUACUGCUUUUCUACUGCUACUUAAAAACAACAACAACAACAAAACUCUCAGAGUCUGGAGGCUUAUCAAUGUACCUGCCACAGUUAAUUUCUGUAUUCUUUUCAUACAUUCCAUCUGACAAGUAAGAGUGCACUAUCAUGGCUUGCCUAGAGUUGUUAAGAAGUGGUCUGUGAAUACAUAUCGAAAAAAUGUGGGUUCAUAAGUAAAAGCGUAACGCAGAGAUUUGUGUAUUCUGUAUUCACAGCAUAGGCUGCCUUUUGCUUUAAAUGGAUAUUCAUGUAUCUUUGUGUACUAAGAAUGCGUGUUAGCCUUUUUGAAAAGUAGGCACUGUUCAUACACAGUAGCUUCUUGGAAUUAACUCACCUUUUUUAACUUAGUGGCACAUAGUCCAAAUUUUAAAAAAGCAAGACCCUCGAGUAUGCCAAAAGAAAAUCUAAAGCUAGCAAACUUAAAAAACAAAACAAAAAUUACACAUGUUGUGUACACUUAUGAAUUUAGAAUACCACAUUUUUCCCAUUCAGAUUUCAUACAUUUGAGCCAAAUUCUUAUACUCCACAUUUUAAUUUUAAGAGGGUAAUAUUAAUCCAAGAUUUAAAUCUUUGAAAAAUCUUUCUUAUAGAAAACUUCAAUGCAGUUUUUAAAGUUACUGAUUUCUGUGGAAAACCUUUCUUUUCUAUAGAAAUACUAUAGUGCCCUUUCUUCCUCCCCAUCUUGAUUUUGUAUGUGUAAAGACAAAUGAUGAUUCAGUUUCUCAAUAUUGCAUGAACAAUUGCCACUUUUGUAAAUUAUAUGGACAGAAUGUGUUCUAAGGAAAUUCAUUAGUCAAUUUGUGGAAAAUAUGUGAAAUUGUUAGAGACCUAUUAGGCUAUUCAGUUUUGAUGCUCAGUUUUACAACUUAAAUGAUUUUCUCCAGGACACGGAGCUCAGAAUAAUAAAGCUUUUAUUGAUAGUCUAGUGAAGAUCUAGUUGAACAUGGAAACAUUGUAAUUUACAGAUGUCUCAGAAAUGUUUCACUUUUAUUUGCUAAGACCUGAAUUUAAUAUUUGAUAUUCAAAAACAAGUUAUUUUGAAGGGGUAAUGGGUCUCUUUGAGCUUAAGAAAGUUAUGGACUAUCUUUCUCUCAAAUGCACAUCGCAUGUCUGUGAACACUCAAAAUGCUCAUAGAAUCUCAGGGCCUUCAGACUGCCAGCUGCCACCCCUCCACCCCCUCAGAGUCUUAAUGAACCCAAGUCAAAAGCCUGCUCUCAAGUUGUUCUGAUAAUGUGUUUUGAAAUGAGGAAGUGAUUAGGCCUCCACUAGAGAUACUUUUGAGAUGAUGCUUACCACCUUCUGACCUGGAAUCAUUUUUAUAACUUAAAGACUUUAUGUAAUUUAGUAGCAGGUUAGGGAAUAGAAACCACACUAAUCUGAAGGAAUAACAAGAUGAUCAACACUGAAUCUUCGUAACAGUAAGAUUUUCUUUCUUUGGAGGUGUGAGGGUGUGUGUGUGUGUGUGUGUGUGUGUGUGUGUGUGUGUGUCCUUGGGGGUUAUUUGGGGCAAGGUAGCAGAUUAUUUGCAAUGAGCCAAAAAAAAAAAAAAUCCAAGAAGAAAUAAAUAGGGAAUCUUUGUAACUAAUCCAUCUACCAAAACACUUGAUUCUUUUUAUUGUAACUCAGCUAUGGCGUUAUGUGGCUUAGUGUUAUCAGUAUACUACUGUCUUAAAAUGUAUUUGUCAACAUGUCCAGGAAGAUGAAGAUGAUGAUAAAUUAGCAAACUCACGUGUAGUCCAUAGUUGGCAAAAAAUAAAUUUGGUAGAAAGUUGGAGGAGCAGAUGCUAAAGGUAGAAAUGCAAAAGGUGUUUUUUCUCCCUGCAUAAAUCAGGGAGGUGUUUUCUGUUUUAGUGUUUUCCAGUUACCCACUAGAGCAGCUUCGGACUGCUCUGCCAAUAGAACUCCGCCCCCAGUCCCUUCCCUACUCCAUCUUCUUUAGGAAUAUGUGAAUUUCUUCACAUCUGCACCUAGUACUAUUAGGUAAGGGUGCUGCAUCUACAUGGAAGGCUCCCUGGGCCCUUGAAAAAGCAGGCAGACACUCAUCAAGGGGUUUGAAGUUCUUGUGAAAUUUGAUCCCAGUGGCUCAUGAUUUAUAGUCAGACAUCAAACCGUUGCCUGUCUUUUCAGGCUGAAGAAAGUGGAAAUGUCGUAACUGACUGGUGAAGAAAGGAGAAAAGUCAGCUCCCUACUCCGCCCCACACUCCUAUAAAAGUUUGGGGGGUUUUUGUUUGUUUUUGCUUUUUCUUGAGACCGAGUCUCGCUCUAUCACCAGGCUAGAGUGCACUGGCGCGAUCUUGGCUCAUUGCAACAUCCACCUCCCAGGUUCAAGUGAUUCUCCUGCAUCAACCUCCUGAGUAGCUGGGACCACAGGCAUGUGCCACUAUGCCCAGCUAAUUAUAGUAUUUUUAGUAGAGACGGGGUUUCACCAUGUUGGCCAGGCUGAUCUCAAACUCCUGACCUCUGGUGAUCCACCCGCCUCAGCCUCCCGAAGUGCUGGGCUUACAGGCGUGAGCCACCGUGCCCGGCCUAGAAGAGCUUUAAUGAACCUUCCACAGUAGUAAAUGCAGAGACCACUGGUGGAAAUUCCCAUAUUGGAUAGAAAAGGGCCUAAGUCCAGUGUAAGUAUCUAAAUUUGAUACGUCUUUUUGUCACAGAAGUGUAGGACUUAAAGGGAAUAUUCUGACCUUCGUGUAUGAAUCUGAUCCACCCAUCCUGUCAGCUAGGAUUAUAAUUUGAGCUGUUUCGGGAGCAUGUGUUAAAUCAUAUGAGUAAAAAAAAAAAGUGGGCAUUGAAAAAAAGACUUGGGAAUAAUUGGGCAGAUAGAAUGGGUUCCAUGGAUCAUCCUAGUUGCCACUAGAAAAUGUGAGCUCCUUCUUCAUUUACCAUGUUGAUAAUCAGGUCGUGACUUUUUUUUGUUUUUUGUUUUUUCCAUAAAUUGUAUUAGAUACCACACAGGAAUGUGACAAUAAUAGGAUGGCUUUGGGGGCUGGUGAUUUGAAACAGGGACUAUUAAGUCGAUUUUCCCCAUUCUCUAGGUUCCAGUAGUCUGUGCUCAGAACUUGGUUUUUGGCCCCUAUUGUUUUUGCCUAUUUUGAUUUUCUGAAAUGAUCACAUGGGGACAGUUAACUUUUCUUCUGCUGUGUUGCCCUAAUGCUAGUAGAUUGUGUUGUGUUGUUGGAGUUCUCUGAUUUCUUCCCUAUAUGAGGGUACUAAGAGCUCCAUAAUGAAAAGAAGUUUUUAUACUUUCUCAAAAUAUUCUGGACCACUGAAUGCACUUCUAAUAGAUCUUACACCUAAAGAAGUUAGUUCAGUGGUUGUUAACUGAUUUGAUUACAGGAGGAAAAAAAAACUUUAUAACUAACAAAAAGGCGGGGAGAAAAGUGUGAAGGGCAUCAAGCAAAAUGACAGGGGCUUCAAAAAACAACCAAAGACAAAACCCUAUCUUCUGAAGACCAAAGGUCCAACUUUACUUACUGGCUGGCACAGCCUUUCUGAACUCCUCGAGUUUAGAAUGGAGCUCCUAGAAUAAUAAGGCAGCCAAAUUUAAAGAUCAGUCAAUAUAGUAGGGACCUGUUAUUGAUCUCUUAGGCACUGAGUCUUCACAUCCAGUGUCAAGCCCAGCCCAGCAUAUGGGGUGAUAUGAGCAGAAAACACAUAUCAGUGUGUUUUGAUUUCUUGUGGCUCUGUAAUGUGGCAUGAGAAGUAUAUUGUGGUGCCACAUAUUUCUCAAUCUGAUGCCUUUUUGUCUUUUUUUUUUUUUUUUGCCAUUUGCAUUCUAUUUCAUAGUGCCAGAAUGAAUUUUCGUAUCUUGUCUUGUCUUUGUCCAUUAUAAACUGGAGGAUCACAGUUAAGCCUUCCAUAGUUUGGGAUCAUUUACCUUACCAUUAUUUUGGAUUUUUUUUCUUGUUACAGUGUCACUACACUGUAUUCAUGUGGGGGAACAAACAUGUAGGUGCUUGAACAUGCCCCACAGACACAGUUGUAGCCCCAGUAUUUGUGACUGUCGUUGUUGACACAGUGCAGACUUUACAGAUGGAGCAUUAUGCUCUCAGAGGACUUUAAAAAUAUGUAUAUUAAGCAAUUAACUUUCUGGAGUUGGAGUUAUCAAAUCUUGCUGGGAAAUUAACUUCCAAGAGCUCUGAAUUGGAUGGAAUUCCAUCUGGCUUCAGAGAACAAUGAGCCUAUAUGAAAUGGAGCUUUGAAAUGUUUUUCUUGUGCAGAAAUAUAAACUAGAAAGAAAAGUGCUGAUCUAAUGCUAAGUUUUCUCUGUGUACUGACUCAGUUGCCAGAAUUAUAAUGAAAACUGUAUUUUAGUCUAACAAAUGUAUAGAAUUUUUUAUGUAAUAAAUAAAAUUUUAUAGGAAAGAA